ACCAUCCCCUCCUCCCUCCCACGUCACCUCUCCCGAAUCCCGGUUCAUUUUUCAUUUCUUACCCUUUUGUUUCUUCACCCCAAGUCUUUUGCUUUUCGGAUUUGCCGGAGUUUCUUUUUCUUGUUUUUUUUUUUUAUCAUGUCCUUAUAUUCCGCUUGGUUUCUAGAAAUGAACCGCAUAAUUGGACACCACCCAAAAGAAUUAAACUACUCCAAAAGCCAAUAGCCCUUGCUAGCUUUCUCUGUAAAGCAAAUCUUCCAUCGUCAUCACUCAAUCUCUCUCUUUCUCUGUUUCUUUCUCUAUAUAUUUUACAGAAAAAAGCUCUACAAACUUCAAAAUUCUUCGGUUUGAAUUUUCAAGCUCAAAUUUCAAGAAUGAAAAGUCUGAGAUCUUCGUCGGCGCUGGAGACGGAAGGCCGUGAAGAAAGUGGCCAGAAUUCUGAGCCGUUGAUUCCGGGGUUACCGGACGAGAUCGCCGAGCUCUGUCUUCUAUACCUUCCAUACCCAUACCAAGCUUCCGUAAGCUUGGUGUCGUUUUCAUGGAAAAGAACCAUUAGAGACCCUUUCUUUCUUAGCUCCAAGACAGCUCUAUCGCUCUCUUUCCCUUAUAUUUUUGUUCUUGCAUUUCACGAAUCAACGGCCAGGAUUCAGUGGCAAACGUUGGACCCGCGAUCCGGCCGUUGGUUUGUCUUACCUCCCAUGCCAUGCCCCUGGACCGCGUGCCCACCGGGGUUCGCCUGUGCCUCACUGCCACGCCAGGGGAAGCUUGUCGUCUUGGGCGGUAAUCGUAUGCGGUCAGACCCAGAGACUCCCAUGCAGUCCACGAUCGUUUACCGUACAUCAACGAAUCAGUGGUCGCUGAUGUCUCCUAUGCCGACCCCACGAUCGUUUUUCGUGGCGGGGAGUAUUAAGGGGAAGAUCGUAGCCGUUGGUGGAAAUGGGACCGGCAGCACCGAAUCGAUCGCAACCGCAGAAUGUUAUGACCCCGAAAGCGACACUUGGACGGCGGCUGCCACGAUAGACACGAGGUUGGCGAGGUACGAGUCCGCUGUAGUCGGGAACAAGAUGUACGUUACGGAGGGGUGGUCGUGGCCGUUCAAAUUCUCGCCCAGAGGCAGGGUCUACGACCCGGAUGAGAACACGUGGCAGGGGAUGAGCAAAGCGAUGAGGGAGGGGUGGUCGGGGCUCAGCGUGGUUCUGGACGGGAGGAUGUUCAUGAUAUCGGAGUACGGAGACUGUCCGAUGAAGGUGUACGUCCCAGAUGAUGACACGUGGAGGUAUGUGGGUGGGGAGAAGUUCCCGCGUGAGGCAAUGAAGAGGCCCUACGUUGUAAAUGGAGUGGAGGGGAGGAUUUAUGUGGUGUCGUCCGGAUUAAACGUAGCCGUAGGGAGGUUGUUUGAAGCGGAAAAGUGGGAAUUCAAGGCGGAGUGGAGUGUUGUGGCUGCUCCAGAGGCUUUUCAUGGCUUUUCUCCUCUAAAUUGUCAGGUACUUUAUGGAUAAACAAUUGUGUGAGGAAGCCAGAAGGGUAAUUGGAGUUCAUUAUGUAUUUUUGUUUCUGAAGAAAUUACUUAAUGGGAAAGCUAAUCUUUCAUGGCAAAUUAAUUAGUACUUAGUCUGGAGUUAUUGCCUUU